CUGAACGAUAGCUGUAACCCAACUUUCCACCUCAAUUUCAAUUGUUUGGCUCACAAAGUGCCAUUGACCACGAUGGCCGACUACUCACGACCAGUGACGCCCGAGGAGCAUGCAAAUGGAGUCAUGACUCCUCGAACCCCCAAGCCGACCGGCUUGUCGCUCACUGAAUAUUCUGCCAAUCCUUCUCCUCCGUCAGAGCAAGCAACAAAGAAGACUCUUGUUCCGGAUGCUUUUAUUCUACCAAAUGGGUACCCUGAUUAUCUACGCCUUAUCCUCACAUCCCGUGUUUAUGAGGUGGUGACAGAAACACCCUUGACACCCGCAACAAACCUCAGCAACCGAUUGGAAUGCAAUGUAUUGCUCAAGCGGGAAGACCUCCAGCCCGUCUUCAGCUUUAAACUGCGCGGCGCAUACAACAAGAUGGCCCAUCUUGCCCACAAUGAACGUUGGAGAGGCGUCGUAGCUUGCAGCGCUGGAAACCACGCACAAGGUGUCGCAUACUCUGCUCGCAAGCUCAAGAUCCCAGCUACCAUUGUAAUGCCAUCUGGUACCCCUGACAUUAAACAUAAAAAUGUGUCACGACUCGGAGGAUCUGUCAUCCUUCACGGCCCUGAUUUCGAUGCAGCCAAGGCUGAGGCUGCACGGCUGGAGAAGCUACACGGCCUUGUCUCUAUUCCUCCCUUCGAUGACCCAUAUGUUAUAGCCGGACAAGGAACAAUAGGAAUGGAGUUGUUGCGACAGACAAAUCUUGAAGAGUUGGAGGCUGUCUUUUGCUGCGUUGGUGGAGGUGGUUUGAUCGCUGGAGCAGGAGUGUACAUCAAGCGCAUAGCACCACACGUCAAGAUCAUCGGUGUCGAAACUUAUGAUGCCAACGCCAUGGUCGAAUCUCUCAAAGCAGGCAAACGAGUUGUCUUGAAGGACGUAGGCCUAUUCGCAGACGGCGCGGCCGUCAAGACCGUUGGAGAGGAAACUUUCAGAAUAUGUCGAGAGGUGGUGGAUGAAGUGGUCCAAGUUACAACGGAUGAGACUUGUGCUGCCAUCAAGGACAUGUUCGAAGAUACGCGCUCCAUUGUCGAGCCAGCCGGUGCCCUAGCACUUGCGGGCCUGAAGAAAUGGGUAUCUCGAAAUCCCAGUCCUAACCGCGAGAGGGGACUCGUUGCCGUUGCGUCUGGAGCCAAUAUGAACUUCGACCGUCUACGGUUUGUUGCCGAGCGUGCUGCAUUGGGUGAAAACAAGGAAGCUUUAUUGUCGGUCACCAUACCUGAAAGCCCGGGAGCUUUCGCAAAGCUUAUCUCCCACAUCCACCCGAUGGCCAUUACUGAAUUUAGCUAUCGCUAUAGUGGGCCAAACUCUGCCAACAUUCUUGUUGGUGUUGAAAUGAAGGCCCAAACUCGCUCUCAAGAUCUGCCCGACCUCAUCGAACGCCUUGCCGCAGAUGACAUGGUGGCUAUGGAUCUAUCGCAGGAUGAGCUUGUCAAAUCUCACAUUCGAUAUCUCGGUGGUGGUCGCAGUAGUGCAUCGGACGAGCACCUCUUCAUGUUCGAGUUCCCCGAGCGAGGUGGCGCCCUGCACAAAUUCCUGCACACUCUACAACCAGGAAUGAACAUCAGCCUUUUCCAUUACCGAAACUAUGGAGGGGACGUGGGAAAGAUUUUGGCAGGCAUACAAUGCAAGGAAGAAGAUCAGGAGAAGCUCCAAGAAUUCCUGCGCAAGAUUGGAUACCCUUACGAAGAAGUUACCAAUUCCCCAAGCUACAAAGCCUUCUUGAGAGACUAAAAUUCUCCAAUUUCUACUUUAUCUAUAUAUUGUUUCAUUCUUUGGCGCGCCGAAUUGGGAAAAUGGGUUAAGGUAUGCGUUGUAAUGUUUGGUAGCGGCAAACAUAUUCACGUCCGUUUUUCGUAUUAAAGAUAUCCCGGAUAGAGAAAACCUUUGCGAUGCGAAUAUGCUGAGCUCGGACUGUGUUAUUAAAUUUGUAUGAGUAACGCAUAUGCACGUUCAAACAUCAGUGCAUCAUGGAGACCGGUUUUCGUCAUUGGUCAAUGUUCAUUACAGUCUGGUCGCCAUGUAUUCCGUACUCCGUCAGACGGAAUAUAGACUUUAUAGCCGUGAGCAUAUCAUUGGCCAAUACUCCUACAUAUGACCAGGCAUGAAUGACCACUUCUCACGCCUGGACAAACCCCCAGAAUAUCUUCUCUUCAC